UGCAAAGUAACUAACAUACAUGCAUUACAUACAAUGAGCGGUUUUGGAGAGUCCAAUAUCAAAUUCAGAGGCGUUCGUCGCCGGAAAUGGGGGAAAUGGGUGUCGGAGAUUCGGGUCCCCGGGACCCAAGACCGCCUUUGGUUGGGCACCUACGCCACUCCGGAGGCGGCUGCGGUGGCCCACGACGUUGCCUUUGUUUGCCUUAGAGAAACCACGGCAGCGGACAAGCUCAACUUCCCAACGCUGACGCUACCCGCCGGAGUUGGACCGGGGAUGUCGCCGGCGUCGGUGCAAACCGCCGCCUCCAAUGCGGGCAUGGCUGUCGACGCUCAGCUACGGCUGAAUAAUCUGCCACCGGACGCCGGCAACCAAAGAGGAGGAGAGAAUAACACAUGGGGCGGCGGGGCGGCGGAAGAGGUUGUUUCUUGGUCACAAGAAGGAAGUGGAAAUAGUGGACAAGCUCAACCUUUGAGUGUUUCAGUUGAAGAUUACUGGCACAUUACUUAAUACAGAUGCAACAUUAUUUGUGUUAAAUAAUACGGAGUAGUAAAUUAUGUAAAAUCUAAAAUUUAUAGAGGAUGAAAAGUCUCGUCAUUUUACUCGUAUUUUAUUAGAGGAUGAAAAAUAGUACGGAAUAUUCAAUUUUGAUAUAUCACACGUACUAUUGCAGAAUGCAGAUCAUGUAUGCACUUACGGAGUAGUAAACAACAAGCUCAAGUUUUUGAGUACUAUUCUAAUGAUAUUCUGUUGUGGACAUAUGAGCUCGUUUGGUGAUCAUCUUUUU